GACGAGGCUGUUUCUUUGCGUCUGGUGUGUGGGGGUUUGCUCCGAUGGCUCCUUUGCCGUCUGACGGUAUUGCAGAAGCUGAGCAUGACGCAUCUCCCUGACUCGACGGACCUCGGACUACUGCACGAGCUGGAGAGAAGCCUUCGCCACUCUCGCCGUGCUCUGAAGCGGCGCCUGCACAUCUCUGCCGACAGAUGGGAGGCCCGAAGCGACUCUUCUCGCACACGCUUCUUCGAUCGAUUGAGGGUUCUGAGCACCACUCUCAGUCGCCUGCGCCAGUUCUGCGUGGAGCAUCACUUGAGAGUGACCGAACUCAAACAAGUCCGGGCGACAUUAGAACGGUACCUCUCCAAGCUUGCCAGCUUGAUGCUCAAGAUCGAUGCAACAUUUGAUUCGCUAUCGGUCGGCGAAUAUCAAAAAUCCGACACACGAAUACACCGCCGCAUUCAGGAGUAUGUCGACGAACGAAAACAAGCAGCCAGACUCUCCAGAGACCAGUGGCUGAUGCAAUACGACCGCACACUUUGAUAUCGAUUUCUCCCAGAUAAAAUCGCUCUCACGACCCUUGCUCUGACGAAUUCACGCUUUCAUAAUGCUAUCGAAUGCUCUCCAUUACGCUCUCUCAAUGUAUCUUUUCUGUAUUUCAAUCCAACCUGAUAGAGAAUGGGAAACCAAGUGUGUCGGGGUUGGUCCAUCACCGAUGGGACCGUGCGGCCAUCACACCUUCUAUUUUAGUCAA